UUACUGCUCUCAUCACCAUCUGCAAGUUUCAUCCAACAACUGCAACCACUUGAGUCGGGAGAUAACCAAAUCUAAGAAAAUAACUACGUGAUAGAGUCGCGAUAGUGGCCGCCCCGCGAAGAUGCAACGCAGUGCUGCAGCGGUGUUGCUUCGCUGAAGAUCACACGUCGAUUCUGGAGGAUUCUGCUUCAGAUGAUCGCGUUGCGUUCCGUUCCGUAAUUGGCGUUGGUGACUUAUAUAAAUUGGUUGGUGCGGUGUUAUAAAUAGUUGCGGGCGAAAAAAAUAGAUCUUCGAAUCCGUCAACGGUGGACCACGUGAGAAGCUAGCACAAUGGGAGGCUGGGACUGCUGGCAGAAGGGGAAACGGGGUAUGACCGUUUCGGUUUGCUUCCUGGGCACGAUCUGCCUGUCGGUGAUGAUGGCCUACCUGGUGUUUGGCGAUAGUACCGACGAGGAGGGCGUUCGUUCGCUGCGUAUGAUCGCCAUCAUAUUCCGCCAUGGGGACCGCUCGCCGACCGAGUUCUACCCGAAUGACCCCCAUCGGAAUCAUCCGUGGACGGGAGGGUUGGGCGCACUGUCCGAGCUGGGAUCACAGCAGAUGUACAACCUAGGGAAGAAUCUACGGCCACGGUACUACCGGCUGCUACCUCCGAACGGACUCUACUCCAAGGAUCACAUGUACAUCGUGAGCAGCUACGCCGAACGGUGCAUCAUGAGCGCCCAAAGCUUCAUGGCCGGAUUUAUGCCGCCGUUGGAGAACACAAACCCGCUGCCGAUUCCGUGGCAACCGGUGGCCAUCAACACGUUGCAACGCGAUCGGGACACGAUCUUGGCUCAGAAGAAGCCCUGCCCGCGGUACGAACAGUCCCUUCAGCGGCUGAUGGCCUACCCGCCGAAGGACAUUCGCGACCUCAACGAAAGGAACGCCGCCCUUUACAAAACCCUCACCCUGUCAACCGGACAGAACAUCAGCACCAUCUUGGACGUCGAACUGCUGUACAACACGUUGGAGAUCGAGAAGCACGCCGGCCUCGAACUGCCCGACUGGACCGAAACGAUCUUCCCCGAGAAGAUGCUUCCGCUGGCGGAACGAAGUCUCGCCCUGUUCACCGAGACGCCGCUCAUGAAGAAGAUCAAGGGCGGGGCGAUCGUGAGCGAACUGCUCGACAACAUGAUCCGCAAACGGUCCGGAAUCCUAACGCCCGAGCGGUCCAUCUUCAUCUACUCGGCGCACGACGUCACGCUGGUCAACCUGAUGCGGGCGCUCGGCGUGGUCGACCAGGCCACCGGGAAGCCGGACUUUUCGGCGACGCUCGUGGCCGAGCUGCACCACAGCAUCACGUUCGACGACGACUUCGAGCUCAAGUUUGUGUACUACUUCAACAGCGAGGACAAGUACCCGAAGGAGCUGCGCAUCCCCAACUGCGGCGAUCCGUGCUCGUUGACGCGGUUCGGCCAGCUGAUGGAGUCGGUCCACCUCAAGAGUUACGACGAAGUGUGCCAGCUGGUGUGAGGAGAGCUGUUGAUUUUGUUAGUUUUUUCGUUUGUUUAAUGUUGCUACUGUUACCACCUCCACUCUGUAAAUACAUCGAUCUUUAGAGAAUAAAAAGAAGGAAUGUUGAUUGUUACAAG